AAAAUGUUUGGCUACCACUUGCUUGUGCUCUUUUAACUAAAGAUGGUGGGUUUUAGUCCAAAUAUGAGAAAAGGGAGAAACCUUUAAACAGACUGAUUUUUUUUUUGUUUUGUUUCUAGAGAGGUUUACUGUAUAUUGGCAACUUGUUGGUUAUGCUCACUUCUGGAAGCUGUGUGAAGCCGAACACAGAACAGAUGAUAAGAAAUUGCAUUGCCUAAUUUAGGCUAAUUUUAGCCGAUUCAACUACUGCUUUCUGCUCAACAUUACUGAAGAAGUAUUUCGUCUUGGAAGCCGAAAGCUGUUCGACCAUGGACAAGGCAGAAUUCCUGAAAGGACUUCCUGUCUAUAAUAAAAGUAAUUUUAGUCGUUUCCAUGCAGACUCUGUGUGCAAGGCGUCGAACAGGAGGCCAUCUGUUUAUCUGCCCACACGGGAAUACCCAUCUGAGCAGAUUAUAGUUACGGAAAAAACAAAUAUUCUCCUCCGUUAUCUUCAUCAGCAAUGGGACAAAAAGAAUGCAGCUAAGAAACGAGAGCAAGAUCAAGCCCAAGGAGAAAGUCCAGCACCCCCCAGGAAGAUUGCCAGGACAGACAGCCAAGACAUGAAUGAGGAUACUUAAGAACCACAGAACUAUGUGCCAUGCAGAUGAAUGGCAUAGAUGACCUGGAUUAUUAUUAUUUUUUAUUUUGUUUCCCUUCAUGGUGUAGCUGUUUUCGAGCGCUUCCGUUAUUUGUCUGCCUCUGGACAAAAAGGUGGUCAGAACCACUUGUUUUCUCUUCUUCUGCAAGACCCUUCAACUGUGCUGGACUCUUAUAACAAGAGGAGAAUGCUUGGAAGCUUUUCUACAUUGCAUGAUGGCCCAAAAUGUCAGGUUUUUGCGUGUGACAGCAGCAGUGUGCUAGUAAUUAUCAGAAAGCGCAGAUAAAUAAUCUGAAAAUAUUUAUAUGUAUGUAUAAAUUAUUUUUGCUGCAAGUGUAUGGGGCUUUCCGAUUGCACCCCCCCCUCCAUUAUCAUUUUUGGGAUAAUUUUAUGACAAAUUUAAUCAGAGAACAUGUUGUUAUGCUUGUUUAGGUUAUUCAUUUUCUCAAUAUUUCAACAGGAAAAAGCAGGAAAAAAAAAAGUUUAUGGUCAAGUGCUUAGUUUUUUUUGGAUCUGUAAGUAAAUAAGCUUUACCCCACCCAGCACAUAACAUGUAAAUUGUUAAUGCUAUUGUUUCUAAUCUCCUGUCCACUCACCUUUUAAAUGACAGAGAUAACGUUACAAUUUUAUUGCAUUAAAUAUGGUAAAUAAACACUUCAGAUUCAUUUUGGGAAUCAAUUAUAGAGUAAACUAGUUGAGCAAAUCUGUGCCUCAUACGAGAAAAGAGUUUGUAAUUACUUCAGUAUAUCUUCAUUAUAAAGUAGUUUGCAGUACACUCUGUGCUACAGCUGGAUGCUUCUCUACUUGCUCUGGUUUGAUGUCACUUCAUGUACCCAAGUCAAAAAUAUCGUAACAUCAGCUGCUUCUAAUUAGUUGUGUUAAUGAGCUUUAUUUUUGUUCAGCAAAAUUUAGUAACAUUCAAUUCUGGUUUGCAUAAUCAAAACCUACACAUAUAGAUAGGAGUAGGGCUUUUGCUUUUUUUUUUUUUUUCCACCUCCUUUCUGGAUAAAAGAAGUGCCACUCAACUUGAGUAGAGGAUCAUAGUAUUUAAAAAUUAAGGGCAAAGGGUUUUUCAAAGGUUUUGGUUUUUUGUUCCAUUUUGCAGAAGCAAGCCAAUAAUUUACAACCUCAAGAACUGCUCAGAUUGCAGGCCAUCACUUGGCGACUGCUGCAGUGUGACAGUGCCAUUUCAAGUAAGCUUUGUCCUUCAAAGCCACUUUUAGAUUCAGCUUGUACACUUGUGACUUUUGUAGUCAUCACACUUUUAUUUUGUGAGGUGAAGGCUGAUCUGAGGGAAUUACUCGUGUUUUGCCAGUCAGUCAUAUCUUAUGUGUGUUGCAUAUAUUGGGUACUCAUUUUUUUACUUCAGGUUUUUGUUUUAUCCAAUCAUUUUUCCCCCCAAAAAAAUAUCAAUUUGUACUUUAAGUAUUGAGUUUUAUUUAUAAUGUUCUUUUCUCAUCGGUGUUCUCUGUUCCGCUCACAUUCUAUUUUCCUUGUUUCUUUUUCAAGUAGCUCACAUUCUUAGUUUCAUGUAUCAAUUUCAUUUCGUCAUAUUGAACCAGUUUGCUUUGAUAGUGUGUUGCUAGAGACACGAGGCAGGCGUAACUGGCUCAUGGUUUGGGGUGAGAGCUUUCCCAUAGUAUCUCCAAGAUAGUUUUCAUUGAAUCAAAUCAUUUGAAAAGUAUGCACAUUUGACUAGAAUAUAGGUAAAUUAUGUAUAUUGAAAAGAUUUGUUCUUUAGACAUGGCAUGCUUUCAUUUCUAUUGCUUGAACGUAUUUUUCUUGAUGAUAUUUUAUUAUAAAACUAUACAUGAGGAUUCAAGUAGAUAAUUUAAAAGUGCUUUUUUUAUUUUGUUUUUGGAAACUGCAUGGAACUGUAUGCAGGUCGGCCUUAAAGAAAACUAGGAUGUUCAUUAGUAACCAAACAGGAUCUAGCAGCUGCUUUUCAUUAAAAUAAAACUAUAAAUAUUAUAAAUAACUUAUUUUUUUUCCUUAAUAUAUUGUUUUUGCCUUGUUAGAGGUUCUACUCUUGCAGCCUUGUUAGCAUUCUGUUCACCCCUGGAAAAACUAGUUAGAAAUGUUUUUUUUUUUUUUUUUAUAACAAGAAAGAACUGUUACUGCUUGUCACAGAAGGAUAUAAAUACUGAAAUGUCCAACAUAAAUACAGUAGAGAAGCUAUUUUGAGUGUCUGCUACUGUACUGAUACAGAUUAAGUACAUGCUCUUUGUGUGACCUGUUUUAAGACGGACACCUACACAUUAGAAUUGUAGAAGUGUGUUUAUCUGUGCACUUUUCUCAUGUUGUUCUUUUUUUUUUUUGUUUGCACAUGAGACUAUAGAAUGUCAGUGCCUGAACUAUAUAAUGGACGCCGCCAAUUGUGUUAUUGUAGGCCUCUACAGCACAAGGCUUAGUGACUUCACAUUUUCCCUGACGCGGACAUUGACAGUUGCUUCAUUGUGAAUGGUGCAUAGGGGGCUAACAUCUUUCUUGUGCGUGAACUUAAUUGCAAUUGUUUUGCCUUUUUGCUACACACCUACUUGCACAUGCAACCUUCAUGCAACCGAACUCGCCAUGCGUAUCACAGCAGUUUGUUUGUACAGAACGUCAUCAUCUGAUGAUCAAUUCACAUUGUCACUUGAUAUCUCAACCAAUGGUAGUAUCAGUUUGUUCUAAAACUGGCUUUACAGCUUCUCAUUUACAAGCCAUUGUGUGUUGGUUGAAGGCUCCCCCCCACUCAUGAAUAUUGAUGAGUUAACCUUAGUGUGGCAAAAUGUAUAAAAGUAUUCAUGAUUUGUUUUGCAGCAUAAUGCUAUUUUAUUCACUAGAUGGCAGCAGAAUUCUGCCUCAAGGGAUGUUUGGGCUUCAUGCUCUGCAUUGGUUUAUAACAACCCAAGAAGCAUUUGGGGUUAACCAUAUUUACAUAAAGUUCUGAGCCCCAGAGGCACUCUGGGGUUAACGCCAAGGAGGUUAUAAGUUUCAGCACCACAGUCUUACAAAAAUGUAACAGUCUUGGCGCCUUUAGAUCAUGUUGAUCACUCUAUUGUUCGUUUUUCAGGUUUAGCGUGCAUUUUUAUUACACCUUUAUUUUUCUUGGCUAGCCCAAAAAAAUACCUGGAAUGAGCACAAGCUGCUGCUGCAUUACUGUGUAAAGAAGGAAUCAGAGGAGUAAUAACGUAGCCUAAAUUUAUCCGUCUCUUCCUCCCAUCCUUGCCCACAGCAUCAUUGGGUCUCCAUUAAAAGGACAAAAACUCUUCCUCUAA